AUGUCUUCAUUCCAAGGCAAAGUUAUCGCUAUCACCGGCGCCGGCUCCGGCAUGGGCCUGUCAACGGCCCAGCUUCUAGCCUCCCGCGGCGCUAAGGUUUCAUUGGCGGACAUCAACGAGGACUCUCUCAAGGAGGCAAUCUCGUCUCUCGAAGAUAGUGCAAGCCACAUGUACGAAGUAGUCGAUGUAAGGAAAGGUGAUGUCGUCAACACCUGGAUUCAAAAUACGGUGAAAAAGUUUGGCAAGCUAGACGGUGCUGUCAACAUGGCUGGUGUAAUUACCCAUGCCACACCUGUUGCAGAGCUUACAGACAAGGACUGGGAUUUUGUCUUUGAAGUCAAUGCCAAAGGCGUCUUCAACUGCCUGAGGUCACAACUAGGAGCGAUGUCUGACGGAGGCAGCAUCGUAUCUGCAGCGAGUGUGUUUGGUCAAUUCGGAGCUCCUGGCAACGCCGCAUACUGCGCCAGCAAGGCAGCCGUAAUUGGGUUGUCAAGAACAGCAGCCAAGGAAAAUCAAAACAUUCGCGUGAAUUGCGUAUCACCUGGCUCUGUCAACACGCCACUGUCUCGUGGAGAAAAUCCAGAAGAUGUGAAGCGUGGUUUACAGGUAACCGCACAGAAGAGAAGAGCAGAGCCCAUCGAGAUUGCACGCGUUAUCGCGUUUCUUCUUAGCGAUGAGGCUUCUUUUGUCACAGGAGCUGUAUACAAUGUUGAUGGCGGUUGGGUAUGCUAA